AAUCUCCGCACUCUCCCUCCAAAGGUGCCAAGGGUCCAAGUGUCGAACCAAUCAGGUAGCCGUAGACUUAACCACACGGCCAACACAGCACACAUGCAUUAUCCAUAGCCUCACUUACCCGUAGCUUUGCGCUUCGUCAAGCGAGCGCCAAAAUCUCAACUGGUUGUAGCGCCAUUUUUCUCCUUCUCUGUAGACGACAACGAAGGCAAAAUCUAAUUUUCAUUGGAAGGUUUCGUGAGGAGCAUCUAUGCCCAUGGAAGCCAAUGGGCAAAAACUUUCCAAUCCGGGGGCUCGGCUUACAAUUCUUUUGACCAAGAGAGAGAAGCUUCAAGAUGAACUUCGGAAUAUUGAAAAACAGGUGUUCGAGUUGGAGACCACCUAUUUGCAGGAUUCAAAUCAUUUCGGGCAUGUUUUGAAAGGGUUUGAAGGGUUCUUAGGUUCAACGAAGUCUGCAACAAAGUUGAAGAGCAGACAGGUGGACGUGAUGAUGUCGGUCCUGGACGAUCAAAGGGUGGAGGCUUACCUACAAAUGGACAGGGCAAACCAAAGAAGGGAAGGUUGGUGUCAUGAGGGGAAAAGGAUUCAGGUUGUUAGAUGCACAGAUUGUAAAAUGAAGAUGAUGCAGUGCGAAGUUUACUCAAGUUGCCUUGUGAUUUGCUUUGAUCUUCAAAGGUGUAUAUCGACUGAUUUGACUGUGUACACCAUGGAAUGGUCUUUCAAGGGUUAUGGACUUAUAAAUCAUGGCCUUGACAUGGCUAGACCUUUCGGAGCUCAAUAGGACAGGCUGAAAAAAAGUGGAGCAAGGUUCGUGGAGUUUGAUAAUGGCAAUAACGUCUCCGUUAACGCUGUGGCUGGGAGGCACUAGCAAAUUGAACUUUGCAGACCCUCUUGUGGCUCAAUAGGAGUAGCUGAUGAAAUUUUGGGGUAGUCUUUUGGGGUUUUGCCUUAUAGGUCGUGGUCCUUAUCAAUCUCAUGUUUAUUAGAGUCUCCUGUUGUUGUCAUAUUCCGUACUGGGAGACCCAUUCUAAAUAGCAAACGGAAAACGCCAUUAGAAUGACAACGAUGAGUUUGUAAGGAAGACCAUUGUUUACAUUUUCUGGGAAGACUUUGAAGUAGCUCCCCCAGGUCAUUUUCUUUUGGUCACUUUAUAUUCAUAAUGGGUAUUAUAUAUUUAUAAGUUAUCUAGUUGUAUUUGGUUGUACCCUGUAGCUAGAUAGAUAAAUUUGAACAACUAGAAAACGCGCUAUGUACUGAUGUCAAGUGAAUGUGUUGUCUAAUUUACUGAAUUAUUGAUGAGAAGAUAUGAAAUGGUCUUGAAUUUGAAAUCA